AUGACCACCACUGAAAUCGCCACUGACGACAACAUGUCUACCAAGGACUUCCUCGCCAACCUCCCUGAGGUUCUCGAAAAGGCCAGGAUCGAGGGCGGUAUCAAAGGAAUGAGUGUCGCCAUUAUGCAUAAGGGCGAACUCGUCUUUGCUGAAGGAUUCGGAAAGCGCAACCAAACUGACCCCUUCACCAAGGAGACUGUCUCUCACCUUGCCUCUGUGACAAAGGCGUUUACUGCGACCGCCAUUGGUGAACUGGUUGCUGAAGGAAAGAUGGAUUGGGAUAAGACCCCUGUCUCUCAGUACCUUCCCGAGUUCCAGCUCGAGGAUUCCGUCUUGACCUCCCAACUGACCCUGGCUGAUAUGCUCGCCCAUCGCACACCCGUGCCAUCAAUUGAUCUCGCAUGGUUCAGGAACAAGGAUUCAACCAGGGACCUCAUCAAGCAACUCAGACACCUAAACCUGCCCACCACAAAAAUGUCCCCCAUCGUCAACUACAACAACAUCAUCUAUGCCGUCGCAGGAGAGGCCAGUGCCGAGGUCGCAGGGAUGACAUAUGCGGAGCUGAUCAAGGCCAAGUUGCUCGAACCUCUGGGACUCAAGGAUUCGGGACUCUCGUUGCCAGAGAUGGAGAAGCUGUCCAACUUUGCACGACCCUACGAUGCUGCUACGUUUGAUGAUGCCAAGAAGGAGGUAUAUGAGGAGGGAUACAUGGAUGAGAUUCAUAUGGCCGAUGCCGCUGCUGGAGACAUCUACAUGAACGUCCUGGAUUUGGCCAAGUGGGGUCAAGUUAUCUUGAAGGAGGGUGAGCUCGAUGGCAAGCAGGUCUUGAACAAGGAGAGCGUGCAGGAGACCCUGAAACCCCACAACAUUAUGAAGUCGAAGGUACGCAAGCCCGACUUUGCUCCUACCACAGGAUAUGGCCUUGGUUGGGUUCUAGAUUCUUACAAGGGUCACACCAUUGUUCAUCAUGCUGGCUCGAAUCCUGGGUACAGAUCCAACCUAGCCUUCUUCCCCGACGACGACCUCGUCAUCGCCCACUUGGCCAAUCUCCAAGUCACAGACCUCCCCUCCAGUCUCCCAUUUUACAUCGCCGACAACCUCCUCAAACUUCCCAAGACCGAGGACUGGAUCCACGAAUACACCCUCAAGAAGACCCAAGAGACCUAUGACAUUUACGCCAUGAUGGCAAAGAACGACAUCCCGGACCGCAUCGAGGGUAAACCCCAUACCCGCGACUUGAUCGAUUACACUGGAGAAUACACCAACCCAAUCUAUGGCAAGUUUACUAUCACCCUUCAGGAGGAUGGUAGUGGGCUGUAUAUGAAGAUGAGGACCAUUGAGAGCAAGCUGGAGCAUUAUCAUUAUGAGUCGUUCAAGGGCUUUGCGCACGAUUUUGCGUUGAAGGGGAACUUGUUGUUUACUUUCCAGACGGGCAGUAAGGGUGCUGUGGAGGCCAUUGAGAUUGUUCUGUCGUUGGGUGAUGACUCUGAGCUGUUCAAAAAGGUGGAGACUCCCAAGGCUGAGAAGGCUGCGCCCAAGGAGGAGUAG